UCGUCUGCUCUUUAUUUAUGUCGCCAAAAACAUGUCAAUAACAUGGGCUGUGUUAAUUGUUUUGAUACCGUUGAUUUCAUUGUCAGAGGCAUCCAUAGGUGAUCGGUCCCAAUUUUAUAAUAGUUGCCUUGGAAAAUGUCGUGAGAACAACUGCACCAGUGAUACAGAAUUCAAAGUAAAUCCCCCUUUGAGCUUAAAAUUGUUGUUUUGGACAUGUACAGAAGAUUGCAAAUAUAAUUGUAUGUGGAAAACUGUCCACCUAUUUACUUCUCGAGGUCUUCAUGUGCCACAAUUUCAUGGAAAAUGGCCUUUUAUCAGGAUACUUGGUUUACAAGAACCUGCGUCAGUUUUAUUUUCUUUGUUAAACUUCUAUGCCCAUGCCACUUAUUACUGGAAACUAAAAAAAAAAGUCACCUCAUCCGCUCCAAUGUUUUUUGUUUGGACUUGGUUUACUGCGAUUUGCCUUCAUGGUUGGUUUUGGUCUGCAGUUUUUCACGCUAGGGACAAAGAUUUUACUGAAGUUAUGGAUUACACAUGUGCAUUUGCAAUAGUGUUAACGCUGUUAUAUUGUUUAUUGUUAAGGAUAUUGUAUAAAAAUAUUUUAUCAAGUAAAGUUUUUAUGAUAGUGACAAGUGUUUAUUGUGCUAUACUGUACACCCAUUUGACCCAUCUAUGGUCCGGUAAAAUAAACUAUGGUUAUAACAUGAAAUUUAACAUAUUGCUAGGAUUCAUAACAUUUUUAACGUCAAUCAUAUGGUGGUAUAGAAAUCAUCUAAAACUUCCUCAUGUGCAUUUAGUUGGCUGGUUUACUGUGUUGACAGUAUCUGUAACAUUAUUAGAAGUAUCAGACUUUCCUCCAAUAUUUUGGAUAUUUGAUGCUCAUUCAUUAUGGCAUGCAGCUACUGCUCCACUUGUUAAUCUAUUAUAUAGGUUUAUUAUAUUAGAUUGUUUGUAUUUAAAAAGACAAUAUUUAAAGCUUGAAGCUGAUCAACUGUGAUAGUAAAAUAACUAUUUUUGUAAAAAAAGAUUUAUUUCAAAGAAUAAUAAUUACACUAUACAUAAUUUUUCAUUGUUUUACUUAAAAAGGUAAAAUGUUAGUAAUACCUCCUUGAAAGCUUUUAUGAAACGCACCACUUAGUACUUCGUUUCAAGGCAGUGAAAACUUCUUUUUACAUAAUUUAGUUUUUAAAAUAAAAAUAAAGUAAAGCACUAAAAAUUACGAAUACAAUAUUAAAAUACAGAGCACUAUUUGAAAGCUGUAAGUAGGAAUGUUUCGUUAAAAAAAAAAAUAUACGACUUUAAACGCUUUUAACAGUAUAUAAAUUCGUUAUCUCUGAAGUAUUAACAGUUAUUUUCUAAAGACUUUCAAGAUAAUUUUUCGACAUCAUUAUAUCUUAAGUACUAAAGUUUAUCCAUUUAUAUGUUACCUACACGCGGGACAUUUUAUAAAUCACUUGUAUAUUCUAAUUAUACAAUAUUAUUACGUGUUUCUCAUAGAACACUGAGACUAAAAUGAUUUUUCGUAAAAAUUAAUUAUUUUUUAAGUAUGCAUGAUAAGAAGCAUUAAUAUAAUUUACAAAUUAUUAUAAAUUAAUUAAAAAAUAUUUCAAUCUAAAGAAAUUAAUGCUGCCAUUUGUACGAGAUUAUUCUUAUUAAGCGCGAUUUAAAAUAUAAUUCAUAAGUUAAAAUAAAACGACUAUGAUUGUAAAUGAAUAGAUUCAUAAUAUUGAAAAUAAUUCUAUAUGUAACGUAGAUUUUUUAUAAAUUAAAUUAUAUAUAAUACAGGUCUGCAAGUACUUGAAAUUUUUAGUCAAUAUGGACUUGUGACUCAUUCUACCUAAACUCAUUUAUUACUUGCACGAGCCAUUACGCUAGAUUAAUAGAUCAAACUUGAAUAUUUGAUCGUUGAUUCGUUGACGAAUUCUACGAGAAGUAAUAUAGAUCUCUACAAUUUGAUGAAUAAUUUCAUCUCGUUCAUUACUGACCGUUUAAAAAAUUAUUUAAAAUUUGAUUAAGUUGAUUAAAAGUUAAUAAUGCAUUUACGACUGUUUUAAAACUAUUGCACUUUAAAUAUUUAAGACACAGCAUUUAUUGAAGUGUAAAAAUUGAAUUCAUUAUUCAAAAAUCAACAAACAAGUAGA